GAUGGAUGGAUGGAUGGAUAAAGAUGUGAAUGGAUAGGGGGGAAAACAAGUUAUUGGAGACAUGAAAAACUAAACCAUUAUUUUUUGACAUGUAGCCAUCAUGGAAGCUGUUCAAACAUUUGGUCGUAAGAAAACUGCCACUGCUGUUGCUCACUGCAAGCGUGGUCGCGGUCUCAUCCGUAUCAACGGUUCUCCUCUUGAACUCCUUGAACCCGAGAUCUUAAAGUUCAAGGUCUACGAAGUUAUCCUUCUUUUGGGUGAAGAACGUUUCGCCAACGUUGACAUCAGAAUCCGCACUCACGGUGGUGGUCACGUCUCCCAAGUUUAUGCUAUCCGUCAGGCUCUCGCUAAGGCCAUUGUUGCCUUCUAUCAAAAAUACGUUGAUGAAGCUGCCAAGAAGGAAAUCAAGGAAAUCCUUGUUCAAUACGACCGUACUCUUCUUGUUGCCGAUCCUCGUCGUUGUGAACCCAAGAAGUUCGCUGGUCCUGGUGCUCGUGCCCGCUACCAAAAGUCUUACCGUUAAGCGGACUGGUUGUUUUAAUAAACUAUAUUUUGCUCAACUGCUGAAAUCUCUUUGUCGCGUGUGUGUGUGUUUAAAAGAGAGAUUUCUUUUAGAUAAUGUAUUGAUAUUCAUUAUUCGCGCACAAUUUAAAACCAAU